AUGUACAUGUACAAUACAUGGAAGUAUGUCUUACUACUGUGUAAUUUAACACAGUCCACUAAGGUUUUGUCCGACGCCAGAUCGGCCCUCCCAUUCGACAACGUGACUGAUCGGUACCGACAUACCAGUAUCCCUUGGAAGUCCGGAACCAUUUCUCUGCACACUUCGGACAAUGGCUUCAUUGUCCGUCUCUCACAAUUAGAUGUAGGAGUUACCAUAAGUACGUACUGUCGGGCAUCCAACGUGAAGAUCCUUCCCGUGUCUUUCACCCGCGACUUCCCGGAGGACCCCGGGGAGAUCCUUGAGAGUCAUGGCCCCGAAAGACAACAAGAUCCAUCCAGUCGCCAAUUCCACUGCUGGAUCUGUGAGGCGAACGGACACUCGAUUGCCUACCUGGGUCUGGUGGCCUACAUGGUCGAGGACGGCCCUUGGUGGCAGUCCCUGAGCCCGAGGACUACUAGAGGGCCGACCUACUCGCGUCAGCCAACAGCUCCUCGUCAGACAAGUGCAUGGAACAGGAAUCCGCAGAAACGGGCCAUGGCAAAGCUCAAACCAACCAGCGGCGUUGCGCCCAAGCAGUCAAGCGGCGCAGGCCAAAUCCUGGCCGAACGAUCACCUCCUCAUUCCACAAGCCAAAAAGGCGGUCAGAAAUUACCGUCAUCAGAGAUCAUCCGCCACAGGCUUGUCCUGUUGCGACUGGUUGCGUCUACUAGUCAAUUCUUCCAAGGUAUCCGCGAAUCAGAUCCUUUCUCGGCAGUCACGUGA